AUGUCGUCGAGUGAUGCCGCUCUCGACCCGGCGGCGCUGGCCGCCGCACAAGCUGCUGCCGAAGCGGCUCGCCGGAUGACAAUUGAGGCUUGGACUCUGUAUGCCAUUGGUAUGGUGGUGACAUUCCUCCGGAUGUUUGCAAGAGUCAAGGCCGUAGGCUUCCGAAAUUUCCGAGCCGAUGACUACCUAGCCUUUGCUGCUGCUAUCUUCUACACUAUCCAAUCAACCUUGGCGUAUGAGGUUGGCAACAUCGCCCAUGGUCUGGCCAACAAUGGCAUGACAGAUGCUGAGCGCGUAGCAUUGUCCACCUCGGAUCCCGAAUAUGGAAUUAGAAUCAUCGGAUCCAAAAUCCAGGUUGCUGGCUGGACGACUUACUCUGCGCUGAUCUGGCUACUUAAGUUGUCCAUGCUCUGCUUCUACUUACGGCUUACAGAGGGCCUUGGUCGCCGUUACCGAAUUCGAAUUUGGAUUGGGUUUGGAUUGGUUCUCGGAACGUUCAUCGCGUCACUCGGCUCUGUCUUUCUCGCUUGUAUUCCGUUCAACAAGUACUGGCAGAUCAACCCCGACCCCGGCAACUCCUGCCAAGCCGCUGUUUCUUUGCCGAUCAUCUGGACCUCGUUUGCCGCAAACGUGUCGACGGAUAUCUACCUCAUCUUGAUUCCGAUUCCACUACUUUGGGAGUCGACUCUGAAACUCAUCAAGAAGAUUGCAUCAACUAUCGUCCUUGGUGCCGGUAUCUUCGUGCUGGUGUGCGCAACACUGAAAAGCAUUUUUGUAUUAGUGGAUCCUGUAAAUGGCGCCCAACUUGCUGGUACCUGGGGUACACGCGAAACGUUCGUCGCCGUUGUUACAACGAAUCUUCCGAUGAUCUUCCCUCUACUACGGACAUGGCUUAAGCCCCUCUGGCCCAGCAUGUUGCGAUCCUCAAAGAAGACCUACAAGACACCAACGGGCUUUCAAACUAUUGGCGGCGGCAACGGACAAUACGGGCCUCGCAGCUACGACCGCCGGACCAAUCCAUCCAGCGCGAAUGCUAUCACCACGAACGCGACGUUUACGGAGAGCGAGGAGCGAAUCAUGAAGGACGUCAAAUUACAGGAUAUCAAAGGCAGUUCAGUAUCACCGACACCGGGCAGCAAACCUCCCAACGGAAUUGUGGUAUCAAACGAGAUCGAGGUUACCACUGAGGAUAGGACGAGUCAGUUUGUGGAGCAGCGUCCUCAGCGUGUACAUGAAGCAUGGUAA